AUGAGUAAUUCAGAUUCAUCUUCUACCACAAAAAAUAAAGUAGUUUUUCAUGAAAGUAAUAGUUCAAUUGUCAUUGAUACUGUUCACCUACGCCAUGAAAUGACUAUAAGUAAUUUUUCAUCAUUAUUAAAAUUAUCAAUGCCUAAAUCAUGUAUCAGAAGUGAUAUUUUUAUUGAUCCAAAUAUACCAAAAGUUUGUUGGGAGAUUUUUCUUUAUCCUGGUAAAGAAAAAAAUUGUAAUAUUAUUUUUUUUGGAUUAAAUAUGUCAACACUGAUACCGGUUGAAGAGUUAACAUUAAGAGCAUGUUGUAGAUUUUCUUUUAUUAAAGAUAAUGGAGAGUGCCAAUAUAGUACUGAGUGUAUCAAGGACUUUCAUCUUAUAGCACCAUAUUUUAUUCAGAUUGGUUGUAUUAAAACUAUGUCAAGAUUAACUGUUGAAGAAUGUAUAAGAAAUGAUAACUCAUUAUUUUUGGUAUGUGAAAUUGAAUAUAUUCCAAAUCAGGAAAGAUUUUUUUCAAGUGUUACUUUUAAAAAUAGUCUUCAAAAAAAAGACAUUACUACUUCUGAUGUUAAUUAUAUUUCAAGAAUAUCAGAAAUGUAUGAAUUAAAAAGAUUAACUGAUUUUAAAAUUAUCUGUGAUGAUCAUCAAUUUUUAGUUCAUAAAUUUAUAUUAGCUACACAUAGUCCUGUCUUUAGAGCAAUGUUUUGUCAUAAUAAUACCAAUGAAGUUAAAGAUAAUUGUUUAACUAUCAUUGAUUCAAACCCAUUUAUUGUUGAAAAAAUGAUUAAGUAUAUGUAUUAUUUAGAAAUAAACAAUACUUUGAAUGUUGAUGAAGGAUUAGGUUUGUUACACUUAGCUGAAAAGUAUGAUAUAAUUUCAUUAAAAAAUUUAUGUGAAAAAGAACUUUUAACAAAAAUAUCUAAUGAUAAUGUUUGUAUGAUUUUACAAAACGCCGAUAUUUAUAAUGCCAAUAUUUUGAAGGAUAUCUGUAUUAAAAUGAUUUCACAAUCUUUUAAAAAAGUAAUGAAAACUAAAGAAUGGGAUCAACUUAAAAAUACACAUCCAGCAGUUAUUGAUGAAAUAUUAUAUUAUAUUACUUCUUCCUGUUAA